UUAGCCUCUUUGCUUUGUAAAAUAUGUCAGUUGACCGCAUUUUCACAGGCUAUAUAACAGGCACGUAAACUCCUGUGCUUUCUAUCACUACUUCGCCGUGCCAGCGCAUCUUUUAAUUACAGAAGCUUUAUUGUGGAUAAGUAUUGUUUGCGUCAAGAUAAUUCAGGUGACAGACGCGUUUCUAAGAGUCAAACGAGCAACAAAAGCGAAAGACCAAAGUGCCGGUGCUACGUAUCAGACGUACCCCAAGGAACUCUACAAGCUUAUAAUGGCCGACCUAGAGUCCUUAUUGCUGCAGAAUGGCGCGUUCAAGUCCGACCUUAUGCAAUCGUUCGUGCAGACUGCACAGCGUAGCAAUCGAGAGAAUCAGCAAAACAUGAACACAAAUGACAAUCGGAACAACAAUCAGAAUGACCCGAAUGGUAAUACCGGUUUUGAAUCCGGUGAUACAUCGAGCGUGACCAACAUUGACCCAAAGGCGAUCAUGAAUAGGAACCGACAGAGUAAGGACACGAAAAUGGGAAUAAUAGAGAACACAUUGGACAAUAUCCGACUUGACUCGGACCGUCAAGACACUUUAAGAACAGAAAACCUGACAUCGCCACCGACCACGACACGAGACUUCGGAUUGAUCUCGCCGACCGAUACGACGAACGAGACGCAGCUAAAACAGGGACCACAACUGGACAAUGGCCAGUACUCAAAGAUGGGCAACAACAACAUGACGGCGUUGCCGCAGAUGACCGCAGCGACGCCAAUGUCCGUGAUGUCGGAACUGUCGCCGGAAAUGCUCCGAAUGAUGCCGGACAUGAUGGCGAUGAUGAAGAACAUGGACCCUACUAAGAUGAUGGAGGGCAUGAGCAAGAUGCCAGAUAUGUCGGCCAUGCAUUUUACGGACGCCGAUGCCAACGCGAACGAGAUUGACGUGGAGCGAAUCCUCGAGGAGGUAAAGCAGGUGCCCUCGUUGCUACGGCAACAACUCAUCAACCUGGUCGUGGACACCGUGGGGGUCGCUCACUUGGAGACGGUGACUCCGACAAGAAAGAAGGUGGCCGAGGCCAAUGAGAAAUUCUUGAUGAAGGUCCGGUCGGGAAUGAUGCCUGACAUGUCCAAAAUGCCCAUCGAUCCUCGUAAAAUCUGGGAGAAAUUUGUCGGAAGCAUGGUGUAUGAGAUUACCCAAGUUAUUCGCUUCUGCAAGAAACUGCCAGGGUUUGGAGAGAUCCGCCAGGAGGACCAGAUUGUGCUGAUCAAGACGGGUUCGUUUGAGAUACUCCUGAACCGGAUGUGCUUGCUGGUGGAUAGCGUCAACAUGGAGAUGUUCGACCCCACAAUGGAAAUGAAAUCCCCAAGAGAAAUGAUCAAGAAAAUGCCGAUGGGUUUCUUCGUCGUUGAGUUUUUCAACAUAGCGGCCCUGAUAAACCCAUUAAACUUGACUGACGAGGAAGUAGGGCUCCUGUCGGCGUGCCUCAUCAUGUCUCCAGAACGGGAAGGCUUGGAAAAUGUCGCCGCAAUUGAGAAGCUACACGCGUUGUUUCUGCAAUCACUUUUCUUUGAGAUGCGUAAGAACCACAAUGACUUUGAGAACAAGUUUGCCCGUCUGCUGGGCAUCAUACCGGAGUUUAGACAGAUCAACCGGAAACACUCCAGCAUGUUGAAGGCCUUGAAGCAGAACAAGGAUCCAGUCAUGGACGAGUACCCUCCCCUGCCAAAAGAGCUUUACGAUGUGGAUAAAACAGAGUAACUUCCCCUGCCGGGUCAGCAUUUUGCGCUAUUGAACUGUUGUUAUUAUAUGUUAUGGAACAUGGUUCUAAAAUUAGAUUUUGUUUUAUUUAUUUAAAGUAUACUUAGAAUAUUCGAUUUUUGUAGUGACGAUUUAGAUAUUUAAAACAUUGAAACAUAUACUCAGUUUGCAGGUCGACAUGUAAAACUGCGUUUUUGACGUUAUGUGAUUCGUACCUUUGAGAGAUGAUGAGGACAAUUUGUGUGAAGUGUGUACGCGGUACCUUUGUAUCAAAUACACAGAUAGGAUCUCGUGUACAGACUUAGAUAGUUAGUUAGAAAUUGAUGCUGUCAAAUUUAUAUUUUGUUUUUAUCAAUGCAAAUAUUGUUUCAAUGGAGCUUUUUCAUUGUUCAGCAUACUGUUAAAUUCAUUUGUGUCAAGUCAUAGAAUUGCUUUGCAAUUAAACGGUCGAGUCAUUAACUGUAUACGCCUUAUUUGUUACGCAUUAUUCACUUUCUAAUGACGAAUCUUAUGGCUUACUAUUUCCAUUGUACAGAAUAAAACAUAUAAUGAGUUCAUCGAUGUAUUUUUGGUCUUCAUUACAAUUCUUUCAAAAAUAAAUUAUUAGGUGCUUACAGAUGUUUUAGCAGAUAAAUGUUGAGUUUUUUAUCGUUUGGUUUAAGUAUCCCAUACACAUACUUGAGAUGUUUCUGGUUUUACGGAAAUAAUUGUUUUUAUUUGUGACAUACGUAUAAACUGUUUCAACUAGAAUGUCUUUCGUCAGUGUUUUGUGUUAUUAAACUGUUCUGCGAUUAGUUACACUAUAUGGGAAAUUAAUCAAACAUCUACAACAACUAUACCUUUAAUGUUUAACUUUUAUAUUUUGAUCUUUAGUGGUGUAUUAUAAUUGUAUGACAUAUUCGUACUGAUUCAAUUAAUGUAUUUAAUCGCUUAAGUCAUAUAUACUUCGUUUAUCUGGUUACAUAUUUUGGUAAAAAAAUAAGAAGAUAAUAACAUUCUAUGCUUUGAUCAUUGGGUAAAGUUGGAUCACUAAACAAUAUUUUCUUAAACUACCACACCAAUUAAACAAAUGAUUGUUGUUUUGUCAGCUUUCAACAUCUGUAUUUAUCAACCGAUUUAACAAGUCAGAAAAUUCUAAAAGAGUACAAACUUAUUGCCCGAGGAGUUAAUGGACCAUAUGGACAUGUCACCAUUUUUGAUGCAUUUAAACCCAUUUAUGCCUAGUGGACUCUCUCAUUCUUCUAAAUUGGAUCAAUUUAUUUCCAAAAUUAGGGAUUUCUAGUAUACUUAUUUCUAUAUUUAGAAUAUUUCUUACAGAAAUUCCUUUAAGCAAACAGCGCAGACCCUGAUGAGACGCCGCAUUAUGCGGCGUCUUAUCUAGGUCUACGCUGUUUGUCAAUGCAUUUUUAUUCUAGACGCUAGUCAUAAAUGGGUUAAUUCUCAAGUUUUAUAGUGUUUUACAAAUGUGUUAAUAUAUAAUUAUACCUGUGUAUUAAUUGUUUUUUAUUAAUAAAAUUUCUCAAUGCU